ACGUCUCGAACCCUCACUGCUAAAGCAUUCUUAGUCGUCUCUACGUCUUCGACGCUGACAGCCGUUCCUUGCCGAAGCUACUGGUCUCGAUAGAACCAUCGAUUUCCCAAGACACUCUGCACCUCUCCGGAUUGUGAUACCAUGCCUGAGCAAAAGAGUGCAAUCAAGGUCGUCAUGGGGGCAAUGACUUUCGGCGAGCCUGGCACCGAAGGUUCCCGAGUCCAUGACUUGAAAGACGUCGAGGCUAUCUUGGACGUCUUCCAGAAACACGGUCACGACGAGAUCGAUACCGCCUACGUUUACACGGGAGGAACUAGCGAAAAAUAUCUCGGGAAGAUCGAUUGCAAGGGACGUGGGCUGAAGCUCGAGACGAAGCUCUACCCGAACACCAAAGCCGUACAGCUUCCUGCUGGUCUAGAAAGAAUCUCGCACACACCAGCGGACGUGCGAAAGUACGUGGAGCGCCAGCUCGAGAGUCUGAAUGUAGACCAAAUCGAGAUGUGGUACUUGCACGGCCCGGAUCGUACGACCCCGUACGAAGAUACACUUCGUGCGGUCAACGAGCUCUACAAGGAGGGCAAGUUCAAGCGCUUCGGCAUAAGUAAUUACAUGUCGUGGGAAGUGGCCGAGAUGGUCUAUAUCUGCCGCAACAAUGGGUGGAUUCAGCCUACUGCAUACCAGGGCAUCUAUAACGCCAUUCAUCGUGGUGUGGAGCCCGAGCUCUUCCCCUGUUUGCGCAAGUUCGGGAUCUCGUUCUAUGAAUUCAAUCCAUUGGGUGGUGGAUUCUUUACGGGGAGGUACAACACCAUCGACGGCCAGGUAGAAGCCGGCUCGCGCUUCGACCCCAACAAGGGGCAGGGUCAAAACUACCGCGCCCGCUAUUGGAAAGAACCCUAUUUCAAAGCCAUCGACAGUAUCCGUGCCGUUUCAGAGGCUCACAACCUCACCAUGGCCGAGGUCGCCCUCCGCUGGGUUUCGCACCACAGUCUCAUGAAGCGCGAGUACGGCGAUGCGAUACUCAUCGGAGCGUCCAGCUUGACGCACAUCGAGCAGAAUUUGGUUGAUCUGGAGAAAGGGCCUUUGCCUGAGGCGGUAGUCAAAGCGCUUGAUGAGGCUUGGGAAUCCGUGAAACCGUUUGCGUCGAACUACUGGCAUUAGGUGAAUUGUGUCGCUGAAUGACUAUUGAAUGUGUGGCUCGACCAAGGUAUGUCGACGAAACUGGGCGGAUUGUUGAAUGUACGAUAUGCCGUAGCCAAGGAUGAUCAAAAAGUUAUUUUUCGCGCUGUUCACAAAGACACGAUUGCUUU